AUGAUGACGCGAAACCAUACUAUUAGUUUUGAUGUUUCCAAUUCUCGAAUGCCACACAGUACUAUGAGACUCACAAAAUCAAGAAUCCGCUCUCUUCAAACAUUGAGUAUCGAAGUUUCUCAAAAUUAUAAAUAUGAUGAUUUUACAGAUCAUCAUAGUUUAGACAAAUUAAGAAGUGGCGAACCAUGUACGUCUAGUGACAACUUUUCAAUUGAUUGUGUGGUAGAACAAAAUCGAAAUAAAAAUAUGCGUGAUGUUAAAGAUGGUAAACACGAAAUCAAAUCGUUUAUCGAUCCCGUGUUGAUUAUUCAAAAGCAAAAACAUGUAGCUGAAACAUGGCUAAACGAAUUUCAAGCACCAAUGUCUGCGCCACAAAGUGCCUAUUCACCUCUUGCUCAGUUAGUCAAAAAAGCACUACCAGAACGAACGGCGUGUCGAUUAGGCGGCCGUGGUAAUCAUCACAGUGGCUUUUCUUAUGAUCCAACGUCAUUUAUGGAAGUAGGCAGUAAGUUACCACAAUUUCUAACUUAUUAG